CUGUGUGUUGACCAGUAUUGUCUCAUCAAGUAUCCACUGACCACUAUAAUGAGUGGCCCUUCUGCUAUGAAGAAGAUUGAAGAUAACAACACACUUGUCUUCAUUGUUGACAAGCGGGCCAACAAGCCAAUGAUUAAGAUGGCAGUCAAGAAGCUGUACGAUAUCGAAAUCGCAAAAGUCAACACACUCAUUCGCCCUGACUGUGAGAAGAAAGCCUAUGUAAGGAUAGCUCCUGAUUAUGAUGCAUUGGACACUGCAAACAAGAUUGGCAUCAUCUAA